AUGUUUGCGAUAAAAAUUAUUCCUAUGCUAAUUAUAAUUAUGCUUACUUCCGAAUCAAUUCUGAGUGAUGUAAUGCCACCAAGGGUAAAUUGCAUAAAUGAUUGUUGGAAAAUUGGAGAAAAUUGCAAACAGAAAUGUCAUCGGAAUUCUCAAGAAUUCAAAUGUAAAUCUAAUUGUCAAACUGAUAUAAGAAAAUGUCAACGUAGUUGUUAA